AUCCCACGGCUUAUUUUUUCCGGUCGGUGCUGGAGAGGGGGAGGUGGGACAACCCUCCCCUCCUCCUUCUGCAGCACAUGGGAAGCAAAAGUUUCUCUGCUGCUGCUUCUCCUCCUCCUGGUCCCCCCGGUCCGGACCCCGCCGAGGUUCGCUGCUGAAGGAUGCGGCGCGGCUCGAACGGCGUUGGGCUGCGCUGCGCUCCGCCGGGCGAUGAGGAGUAAACCGCUUUUGGAGCAUCUUCCGCUUCUCCGAGGGCUGGGGAGGAGUGAAGGCGAGACUUGGAUCGAAUCUUGCAGAGAGUAACCUGAGGGAUCUGUGGAUUUCUGGAGCGAAGGAGCUGUUUGAGGGAGAAAAAAGAAUCAGAUGCUUUAGCAGCGCCAGGGAGGCAGCGCUGCAUCGCUUUGCUUCAGCCCCACCAUGGGCACGGGCAUGUGUUCGAGGAGGCAGAAGGGGCUCCUGCAGACCGGGUUUUGCCUGCUGGCCGUGGCGUGCCUGGGCUCGGGAGCUUUCCUGUACCACCACUUGCAGCAGAAGGUGAGGAGUGCCGAAGCCCUUGCCCAGAAAUACAAACAGCAGCAGGAAGCACUGUCUGCCCAGCUCCAAGUUGUGUAUGAGCACAGAUCCCGACUGGAGCGAUCCCUGCAGAAGGAGCGAGGGGAGCACAAGAAGACAAAGGAAGAUUUUUUAGUGUACAAAUUAGAAGCUCAGGAAGCUCUCAACAAGGAGAAGCAAGACUCAAUGAACAGAUAUGGGGCCCUCAGUUCCCAGCACAAGAUCCUGAAGAACCAGCAUGAAGAUGUCAAGAAGCAGCUGAUUGACCUGCAGCUACAGCACAAUAGCUUGAAACUCGAGCAUCGUAAGACUCUGGAGGCCCAUAGCCAGAAGUAUGCCCAACUCCAGCAGGAGAAGGAUAGUGAAGUCACAAAUUUGCAAGAUACAGUCUUUAAACUCAGAGAAGAGAGCAAACUUCUUCGCAAGGCCCACCAAGAAGUUCACUCUCAGCUACUUAAUGCCCAGACCCAGAUGGAAGAGUUCAGACAGCUCAAGGAAGCUCUGCAGAAGAUGCCAAGCUUCAAAGGAGGAGGAGGGAAGGGGCAGCAGCAGCUCCAGGUGCUGAAGGAGCAGCCUCUGGAUCCAGGCAACAGCCAACUGCAGCUCACGAGGCAGAAGGCUUUUCCAGUCAAUCCGGAGCAUCGCCCUGCAGGGAGCUCGCUGGCAUCACAGCUCUCUGGGGUUCGGAAGCAGGCAGACGGUCCUGUGCUGCAGGGCCGGAGCUCCAACAGCAACGAUGGCCUCAGGUCCCAGGUGAACGUGGCCCUCACCCACCCGGCCCCUCUGCAAGAUGCCAAUUCACCACCAGAGGCUCCGCCAGCCUGGCCAGCAGGACACGGCGAUGCUCACAUCAUCCGAUUCACCCGAACUGUGAACAGCCUGCCGAAUGGAAGCCCAGACGUGAACAUGGUGAUGCGCAUUCAGGUGAGCAGCCAUGAGGAAAGCCAAGCUCCUGGAUUGUUGCUGUCUGAUCUGAAACAACCUUCUGCUGCUGAGAAAACCCAGGUGCCAGACAACCACCACUCAACAGGCAGCAAACCAGUGCAAAUACAAAGCUGGAAGGACAUAGUCAGCAAAGUGAAUGCCCAGAUGGAUGAUGUGCACAGUUAUCCCAAGAGCCUUCACCUCAACUCCAGGCCUGGGCAAGAGGCUCAGAAGGGAAGCUCACAGACAUCCAGUCAGAAGAGAAGGGCAGAGAAACAAAUGGGUGAUCAGGAAGGCGAGAAGGAAAGGAUGGAUAACGAAGAGCUUGAAAUGGAUGCAGGAAUGAUUGAGAGGGAGAACUUGCAUUCUCAGAAAGAGACUGUUGUUCAGGAGCCUAUGAUGCCAGAUGAUGCUGCAGAUCCUGCCCAGGAUCCCAAUAACCAGGGUGAGGAUGAGUUUGAGGAAGCUGAGCUGGAGAGACCUGACUUUGAAGAGAAGGUGGGAGGCUUGGAGAAGUUCAGGGAACCCAGUGCGAAAGAAGAGUCCAAGGAGAAGCCACUGAAGGAUGCUGGCAGACCUGUCAAGCCCAAGGAGGACCCAAUGGAUGACUAUCAAGAUCAGGAGCAAGAAAUUGAGGACCAUGGCGGUGAGGUGGAUGACAAUGAUGACCUCGAACUUGUCCAAGAGCAGAAGAACCAUGCAGGCAUCCAGGGAGCUGAUGGCAAGAAGGAUGAUUACUACUGAGAGAUGCUGAAGAUGGAUGCAGUGGGAAUGAGAGGAGAGGAACUCCUCCCAGGAACUGGAUGCUGUACUGUGCACAGCCCAGAACAAAGGCAGGAGGAGAUAGCUGCCUUGGCAGGCACUGAGCAUGGUGUUUGCAGGUAUGCAUCAUAUCUACGUGCGUGGGGCCACUGCCGCCUCUCUGGUGCGUGGCAUGGAAGUGCCCUCAGACUGUCUGAAUGACUUUAUACUGCUGCUUCUAAAAGAAGCACCUGUUGAUUGAUCAAGUUCUUGACCCUCUUGUUUUCCUCAUCCAUUCCCUAGAUUGAGAGUUGGUUGUUUUUUUUUUUUUGCUGGCUGGGCAGGGGAGGGGUGCAGGACUACAAAAGGAGGGCGUCUGAGCUGAUCCCUGGAGUUAAUCAACUGAUGGCUAAUACAAAGGAAUCUGUCUUAUAAAA